CCUGGCCCCGCUGCGCGGGGGCUGUGGCCGCAGCGGGCCCCGGGCUGGGCACGGCCCUCCUGGGCGUGCUUCGGGGCUGCGGCGGGUUCGCUGCGAAGUCCUCUCGGAUCCGCCGAGGGGUGGACGCGGUGCCUCGCCAUGUGGGCUGAGGAUCUGUCGGGCAUGUCAGCUGCUUUUUAUUCAGUCCCUCCUGUUGAAGCAGACACCGUCCAUGAGUUGUGGGUAUCCGAAACGAGAGGUGGAAAAUGUUCGGUUACUCGAUCGUCUGUCUUCAAGAAAAGCUGCACUGGGAACCUUGUAUUUAACAGCUACCCAUGUCAUAUUUGUGGAGAAUGGUUCUGAAACUCGUAAAGAAACCUGGGUUCUUCACAGCCAAAUUUCCUCUAUUGAGAAGCAGGCCACCACUGCCAGUGGUUGCCCGUUGCUGAUCCGCUGCAAGAACUUCCAGGUCAUCCAGCUGGUCAUCCCUCAGGAACGAGACUGCCAUGAUGUUUACAUAUCUCUGAUACGUCUGGCACGACCAGUGAAAUACGAAGAGCUGUAUUGUUUCUCAUUCAACCCAAAAUUAGAUAAAGAAGAGCGAGAACAAGGCUGGAAGCUUGUGGACCUCAAUGAAGAAUACAACCGGAUGGGUAUUCCGAACAACUAUUGGCAGAUCAGUGACGUAAACAGAGACUAUGGAGUUUGUGACUCCUAUCCUACAGAAGUGUAUGUACCAAAGUCUGCGACUGCACACAUCAUAGUGGGGAGCUCUAAAUUUCGGAGUCGAAGGCGUUUCCCAGCUCUUUCCUACUACUGCAAGGACAACAAUGCAUCCAUAUGUAGGAGCAGCCAGCCUUUAUCUGGCUUUAGUGCUCGAUGCCUUGAGGAUGAACAGAUGCUCCAGGCCAUCAGAAAAGCAAAUCCAGGAAGUGAUUUCCUAUACGUUGUUGACACUCGGCCCAAACUUAAUGCAAUGGCAAACAGAGCAGCAGGGAAGGGAUAUGAAAAUGAAGACAACUACUCCAACAUCAAGUUUCAAUUCAUAGGCAUUGAGAACAUUCAUGUCAUGAGAAACAGUCUGCAGAAAAUGCUUGAAGUUUGUGAGCUGAAAUCGCCUUCAAUGAGUGACUUUCUGUGGGGCCUAGAAAAUUCUGGCUGGCUGAAGCAUAUCAAAGCUAUUAUGGAUGCUGGCAUUUUUAUUGCAAAGGCUGUGGCUGAGGAAGGUGUGAGUGUGCUUGUUCACUGCUCUGAUGGCUGGGAUAGGACAGCCCAGGUUUGCUCUGUAGCAAGCCUUCUAUUGGAUCCAUAUUACAGGACUAUGAAGGGAUUCAUGGUGUUAAUUGAAAAAGACUGGGUUUCCUUUGGUCAUAAAUUUAACCACAGGUAUGGCAAUUUAGAUGGAGAUCCGAAGGAGAUAUCCCCUGUUAUUGACCAGUUCAUCGAGUGUGUUUGGCAGUUAACGGAACAGUUUCCUUGUGCCUUUGAAUUCAAUGAGAGAUUCCUUAUCCACAUUCAGCAUCAUGUCUACUCUUGCCAGUUUGGGAAUUUCCUGUGUAACAGCCAGAAGGAGAGACGAGAGCUCAAAAUCCAAGAACGAACCUACUCACUGUGGGCUUACUUGUGGAAAAAUCGUGCUGAUUACCUGAAUCCUUUGUAUAGAUCAGAAAACAGUCAAACCCAAGGGACCCUGUGCCCGCAGACAGCUCCAUGCAACUUCUUGUACAAGUUCUGGAGUGGUAUGUACAACCGCUUUGAAAAGGGGCUUCAUCCUCGACAGUCAGUAACUGAUUAUCUGAUGGCAGUGAAGGAAGAAACUCAGCAGCUGGAAGAAGAGCUUGAGGUCUUAAGAGAGAGAUUGGUGAAUCUUCAGAAAUCACAAUUAAAUUAUAAUAAAGUCAAGAAGACUAAGCAACAAGACCGAAGCAAACAGUUAGGGCUUUCUACUUCCAACAACAGCUUAGCUAACACUCCCCAGGAGUAUAGCAAUGAUCUGAAAUCAUUCCCAUCCCGGAGCCCUUCACAAGGGGAUGAAGAAGAUUCAGCCCUGAUUUUGACACAAGACAACCUGAAAAGUUCUGAUCUUGACCUCUCAGCUAACAGUGAUCAGGAGUCUGGUGUGGAGGACUUAAGCUGUAGGUCCCCAAGUGGGGGUGGUUGCUUGCCUAGUGAAGACAGUGGCAAGGAUUCAGAUGAGGCUGUAUUUCUGACAGUCUGAAAGACCUUCACAACAGCAAGGAUCUGGAUGAAGUUGUCUUUCACAGUCUGGAACAGCAUCUUUUUGUCAGAUGAAGAAUGGCACUGGUCUGUGACCUGAAGAAAUAAUCCAAAGAAAGGGAACUGUGCAAUUGUGUAAGUAAAGAUCUAAGCAGAACAAGCCAUUAUUAGUUUUCAGACAUAAUGCUAAAGAAAGGUUGUAUCUUCUGUUAUAUUUAGUUAUGCCAAUGUGGUGUUUGUUUUAUCAAUGCUGUACAUAAUUAUUCCUUAUUUUGUACAUUUCCAUAAUUAUUUAUUGUACACAUUAAUAGUUCUUCUCCAAAGAUGUGAAAUUCCAAAGUACUCUCUUACACACAGGGACAAGGUUGAAGAUACAUUAGUGUUAGCCUUACUGGUGAAUCAGUCAAAACUUAGUGUUGUAGAGCUCCUUUGCCUUCAGGUCUCUUUGUAUAUUCUUUUAUUUUUAUGGAAGGUGUUAUAUUUUGAAUUCAACAAUUUUUUUUGCAUGUUCUCCUACUAGAAUCCUUUAAGGCAAAGCAAAACUAACAAAUGGACGUAUUUGCUUAGGGGACAAAUGAAGAUUUGAUCCUGCAAAAAUAUCCUUUAGUAAGCAGCUCCUGAUGCUGCAUGUUAAUGCAUCCUAUUUGUACUCAAUGCUGAACCAGUACUGGAAUUCAGUAAUUUCUGUGAGCAAAACUUCAAGGAAUGUAACAAUAUUUACACAGCCUUCAUAAACGAAAGGUAUGCAAGGCAGUAUACUCUGGCCUCUUCAUGUUUUGUUCUCAAGUUUUAUUGUUUGCUACUUGUCAGUGUUUUUUUCAGUGAGAGUGAGGUACGUGCACAGAGUAGAGAGAACAGGAAAUACAAAAUCACUUACAAAAAUCACUUCAGAAAGCAUCACUCCAAAUUCAGAAUUAAAGGAAGGGUAAGUCCAUAUAGGAACUGUUAUAGAGUAUUUCUUCCAAAUAUUAUUGUUCAAAAUAAAUUAACCACAGUAUUUUUAUCCCCACACAAAAUUUUCCUUUUAAUAUUUGGCAACCUGAACAUGGCACAGCAGUGCUAAGUUAAGAAAAAGACUGAUUACUACAACAGAAAGUUUAAUCCUGUUUGGUUUAAGAAUUUUCAUAGCAUUUAGGAGGAGGAGUAAUAGCUUUCCAUAAACAUAGCUAUAGAAGUGAACCACUGAAAAAUAAAUGUUUAAAAUAUUGGAUGUUUUGAAACUUGCUAAGAAGACUUGCACAUCAGGAUGUAGUUCCUCCUACUUGGUUUGUUUUUGUGGUGUGUUUUGUUUGUUUGUUUUUGUUUGUUUGAGUUUUUUUGGUGUGUGUUUUUUUUGGUGGCUUGUUUUUAUUUUGUUUUUCCUAAAUUAGAGCAAGCACUUAAAAAUAUAAUUCAUAUGGCUACUCUUACUUGCUUGGAGACAAUGUGGUAUUGAACUCUAGUAAAGCAAAGCAGUAGUGAUACAAGUUUGCUUUGAUUGCAUUUCAUACUCCUUCAAAUACAGACUUACAGGUACAAUUACAUUAUAUAAAUAAACAUCAAUUUAGAAGCUUUAGAUUUUAUAAUUCAAACUGCUUUUAUGGCAUGUUUUUUCAUGCUGUUCUACAAACUCAUGUUAUUAAAAGUGAGUAGGCAAACUUCAGUAUUAUUAAUAUCCUCUUAAGAGAGCUGCUGUCUUUAAACAAAUAAUUAAAUUCCUAACAGUGAGAUUUAUCUUAAUGUUAUACUGGAAAGUCUGGAUCCUCAAUUUGAUAAAUCACUGUAGCUCAACUGAAAUAAAUACAACUAUAAUUUAUGCUGUUGAGAAUCUAGCCUUCUGUUUUCUGAUCUUUGUUAAUACGUGAAAACCCUGAUUUUAAUUGCACUUUAAAAAUGUUUCAUAUUUUGAACAUAGCCUGUAAGAUUUACGGUAUAAGGAGAUUUUGAAUGGGUUUUCUCAAAGUACAGAAACAGACUGCAAAGUCUGCAAUGAAAACAAAACACAAAUAUUCUGCCUGAGAUUGAAAAAGUGGUGUAAUAAUAUUGCACAUCUUUAAAUGUAAAAUUAUGUAUAUUCUGUAUUCUAUCCUAUUAGAUAUGUCUAGAAAUGUCUAGAAAUUAAUGAAGAAGAGGAAUAUAUGCAAAUUCAAAGCAUUGUCUUCAUGUCACUUAUACAACUCAUUGUAACUAGCUUUACAACUCAAUUAUCAACAUAGUAACAUUUUCUAUUAAGCCUUUACUUAGCAGCCCUCUGUGAUGUGUCUUGCAGCCCUUGGAAUUUUGCAUUAGCUACUACUGUUUUCAUUGUAAUGUAUUUGUGGCAUUAUUAGCGUGCUGAGAAACACCUCCAAAUAAACAGGUCAUUUAGUGUUA